CUCGUGCCAAAUUAUUUUAUUUUAUUCUUCUUCUCUUUUCAUUUUCUUUCAUGCAUGGAUGGAAUUUUCCUAGUAGGUUUCUUUGUGUCAUUCCGCACUGGGAAUUCGUCAACGUCAUACUGGCGUUAGGUUACACGGCAAUCCUGGCCGCGGGUCCAAACCAACGCGAAUCAACGCGAUCACCCUCAACCUUAGUUCGCUUCUCCUUCUCUCUUCCCCUCCCGAUUGCUGCGCGUACCUUGAACCUGAACGAUGGGCAAAAAGGUAAUGAUGACCCUCCAUACAUUGGUCUUGCAGCAAAUGCACCUCCCUCUCUUACUUUUCCCUGACUAGUAGUAGUCUGUAGUAGACUCAGUUUUAGUCUGACCGAACAUGCUCAUCCCCGUUUUUCUCUUCCUUCUUCUCCUCCCUGGAUUAGUACUCGAAUGGGAACAUCUCC